AUUAUUCAUUAUCACACACGUCAUAAAGUCUAUUCUUUUGAAACAUUCCCCGGGAACGGCGUAGAUCCAAAGAAUAUGUGGAAGUCGUUCUCCUAUAAGCCUCCUUGGAAUGAAUAAAAGAUAUCUUCGAGCUGACGAGAAGCUAACAAGUUGUGAAUAGAACAAAAGCAUCAAACAAGAUGUAGAAAAACUAUAUUAAUAAAAAAUUGUUUAGUGUUAAUUUAUAUAGUUAAAAAUAUACUAAGAGAUCAAUGGGCGGCUAAGCUUCUCGUAUUAUAUAAGCAAAGAACUUCAUAUCCAGAGGAACCAAGUGCCAAAAAAAAAAACAAAAAUCAAAUUUAUAGAGAGCAAAAAUAUAACUAACAUCAGUUUAUAUCCUUCCCUGUCUCUCUUGUUUUUCCAAUCAGUUUCAGAAGUCUAUCCUAAUAAGAUCCAUGGCAGCCAUAGAUAUGUUCAGUAGCAGCACUGAUCAUUCUGAUCCUUUUAAAGAAGAGCUCAUGAAAGUACUUAACCCUUUGACCAACUCUGUCUCUUCUCUUCCUCCCAUUCCAAACACAAUCUUCGGUUUCAAUCAAACCGCACCUCUCGGUCUAAACCAGCUCACACCUUACCAAAUCAACCAGAUCCAAAACCAGCUUAACCAGAGACGCAGCACCAACAUCUCAAACCUCUCUCCAAAGCCUGUCCCAAUGAAGAACAUGGCCGUUCAGAAACUCUACAGAGGAGUCAGACAAAGGCACUGGGGGAAGUGGGUUGCUGAGAUCCGUUUGCCCAAGAACCGGACCCGGCUCUGGCUUGGAACUUACGACACGGCUGAAGAAGCAGCCAUGGCUUAUGAUCAAGCUGCUUACCAGCUUCGUGGCGAGCUCGCGAGGCUUAAUUUUCCACACAUGAGGCACGAGUAUGGAUACGGAGGUGGUGAUGGCAGCUUCAAGCCUCUUCAUCCCUCUGUUGAAGCAAAGCUCGAAGCGAUUUGCCAGAGCUUGAGAAAGACAGAGGAUGAUGAUCUCCCCUGUUCUGAAACAGAGCUUUUCCCGCCAAAAGCAGAGGAGUAUCAAGAAAGUGAAUAUGGGUUUCUGAGAGCUGAUGAGAAUUCGUUUUCUGAUGAGUCUCAGGUUGAAUCAUCUUCGCCAGAAUCUGGUAUUACCACUACGUUCUUGGAUUUCUCGGAUUCAGGGUUUGAUGAGAUUGGGAGUUUCGUGCUGGAGAAGUUUCCUUCUGUGGAGAUUGAUUGGGAUGCGAUUAGCAAGUUGUCCGAAUCUUAAGUGUUUUUGUCUUUAACAGCAGUGUAUGCUAUUAAGUGUCUUAUUAGUUAGAUAAUCUCUGCAACUUAAUUUUUUUAACAGUUGUGGGAGAAUCAUCUAGGCUUGUUUUCUGUUGAAAUCUUCCUCCAUGUGUUCGGUC